GUUGAAGCGGUAAGAGUAAAUCAGAAUCCAAGUCCACUUGUUUUCCUUCUUCUUCUUGCUCAUCUUCCAAAUCUCUGAACAUUCUCUCUCUCUCUCCUCUCUCUUCAUCUCUCUGUUUAAUUAUUCAAUUUUUCUAUGGGGAGUAUAACAGAAAUUUAACAGAACCUUCACUGCUCAGCCGCCAUGUUGAGGAGCACGUAAACAGUUGGAUGAAUUGAAAGAUUUGGACUUUUGGCGAGUUCUGAUCUUUGAACAUAAUGAAGGAGAAGGCUGAGAGUUACUCUCCCAAGGGAGUUCUUGAGGACUAUUUUCGGAGCUCGGAUUCCGAAACGAGCUCCGAGAAAGAGCCCACGCCGGACUCAGAAACUCAGCAGAAUUCGAAACAGAGUUCUAGGUGGCGUGGACUUGUUAAAUUGUUGACAACUAAGUCCAAAAACCCUUUAGCCACGACAGUGCAUCCGCUGCGGAAAUUCUCUAAGAGAAUGAGCAGCAGCAUGAGGGAGAUUAUCGGGCCGAAAUUUCAGGCAGACGAUGCUGAAUUGAUGUACCCUUUCAAGUCACCGUGGAAGAACUUCUCCCUGUAUGAGCUACAGGCCGCAACCAAAUCUUUUAGCCACGAAAAUCUGAUUGGAAAGGGGGGUUAUGCUGAAGUCUUCAAGGGCUGUCUGUCAAAUGGGCAACUUGUGGCAAUCAAACGGCUAACCCGGGGACAGGAGGAGAUCACCGGGGACUUCUUAGCGGAGAUCGGUGUCAUGGCUCAUGUGAAACAUCCCAAUACUGCCAGGCUGAUUGGGUAUGGUGUUGAAGGAGGGAUGCAUUUAGUUCUUGAGUUGUCUACAAAAGGAAGCUUGGCUUCUGCGCUUUAUGGUUCCGAGGAACAGAAGCUCGAUUGGGGCAUCCGGUAUAAAAUUGCAAUAGGUGCAGCUAAGGGUUUGCACUAUCUUCAUGAGGGUUGUCAAAGGAGAAUUAUCCACAGAGAUAUUAAGGCUGCAAACAUUUUGCUCACCGACGAUUUUGAGGCCAAGAUUUGUGACUUUGGUCUUGCAAAAUGGCUACCGGAGAAAUGGACUCACCACAUUACAUCAAAUUGUGAGGGCACAUUUGGCUAUCUUGCGCCCGAGUUCCUACUGCACGGCAUAGUAGAUGAGAAAACAGAUGUGUUUGCGUAUGGUGUGGUGCUCUUGGAACUAGUCACUGGACGACGAGCUCUAGAUUACUCGCAGCAAAGCCUUGUUAUGUGGGCACGGCCUUUGCUGAAGAAGAAUGCAAUUAAAGACUUAGUUGAUCCUUCUCUAGCUGAUGAGUACAACCGUCGCCAGGUGAAUCUUGUACUGUUGGCUGCUUCUUUAUGCAUACACAAGUCCUCGAUACGCCGGCCAAGUAUGAGUGAGGUGGUACAACUUUUGAGUGGAGAUCUUGGCUGCCUGAAGUCCGUGAAGAAAAGCUUAUCGAUGCCAAUUUUCCGGAAGGCAUUGCGCGAAGAGCUCAUCGACACAGAAGACUGUAGCACAACCAUUCGGGCAGGCUCUCGAACUGUGGAAGCCGGCAAAGUAACGGGACACGGAAACUUAGAGUAAUUGAAAUGGAAACUAUAGGAGUUUUGUGGUAUGGUCCAACCAGUCCAAAGAAGGAAAUUAAUGAAUACGAUUCUCAAAGUAUGUAAUGUGUACAUAUAAGACUUAAAAGACGAAAAGGAAAGAGUGACAAAUGUGUUUUAUCCAACCCACCAUGUACAUGAUAGAAUCCAAUACAAAUCACAAUCAAAGAAAAGAAUGUUUAGUAAGUUAAGUAAUGAUAGAGCAUUAUGUUUUCCUACCA